GGGCGGGGACGCACGCUUUCAGGAGGUGCUGGUUCCUGCGCGGAGCCAGGCUUGUUCCCGCGAAAAUGGGCGGGCAUGUGAUCGAUCCGAGGGGUACUGUGGGCAAGAGCAGCAAGAUGCUGCAGCACAUCGACUACAGGAUGAGGUGCAUCCUGCAAGACGGUCGUAUCUUCAUUGGCACCUUCAAGGCUUUCGACAAGCAUAUGAAUUUGAUCCUAUGUGAUUGUGAUGAAUUCAGGAAGAUCAAGCCAAAGAACUCAAAACAAGCUGAAAGAGAAGAGAAGCGAGUCCUUGGGCUGGUGCUACUUCGAGGGGAGAACCUGGUCUCAAUGACAGUAGAGGGACCUCCUCCCAAAGAUACGGGCAUUGCCCGAGUGCCACUUGCUGGAGCUGCUGGGGGCCCGGGGAUCGGCAGGGCUGCUGGCAGAGGAAUCCCAGCUGGUGUUCCCAUGCCCCAGGCCCCUGCAGGACUUGCUGGGCCCGUGCGUGGGGUUGGUGGACCAUCCCAACAGGUGAUGACCCCACAAGCAAGAGGCACUGUUGCAGCUGCUGCAGCUGCUGCCACAGCUAGUAUUGCAGGGGCCCCAACCCAGUACCCACCGGGCCGUGGAGGUCCUCCCCCACCUAUGGGCCGAGGGGCACCCCCUCCAGGCAUGAUGGGCCCACCUCCUGGUAUGAGGCCUCCCAUGGGUCCCCCAAUGGGGAUCCCCCCUGGACGAGGAACUCCAAUGGGCAUGCCCCCUCCAGGAAUGCGGCCCCCUCCACCAGGAAUGCGAGGCCUUCUUUGAUCCUUGGCCACAGAGUUACGGAAGUAGCUCCACAGAGGCGUGGUCCCGGUUCACCAGGGCCACACUACCACAGACCGGUUUGUUUGUUAUGCUGUUGUACUUGGAGUCUCACCAGAUUGUCUGGUUUCCCUUACAGGGCCCCCUCCCCCAGGAAUGCACCCACCAAGGCCCUAGACUCAUCUUGGCCCUCCUCAGCUCCCUGCCUGUUUCCUGAAAGCCUGUACAUAGUCCUUUUAUUUCUGUGUGCCUGGGACACAAAAUUUCUUAAUAAACUCUUAAUAGGAUA